AGGUGGCAUCGCUGCGGGAGAUGACAGGUGGAGAGGUGAUUUUUAACAUGCUGGUGGAGCACGGCGUUGACACUGUCUUUGGAUACAGUGGUGGCGCCGUUCUUCCACUGAUUGACGCGUUUCACGGCAAGAACAUCAAGUGGAUCACAUCUUCGCAUGAACAGUGCAGUGGGCAUUCAGCAGCCGCGUACGCCAAAUCCACUGGCAAGUUUGGGGUGGCCAUCGUGACGAGCGGGCCAGGCCUGACAAACCUGGUAACCCCAAUGCAGGACGCACUGACAGAUGGCGUGCCCAUGGUUAUCUUCUCAGGUCAGGUGCCCACGGGCGCCAUGGGCACCGAUGCCUUUCAGGAGUGUCCCGCGACGGAGAUCACGCGAUCUUGCACGAAAUGGAAUUAUGUGUGCCUGGACUUCAACCAGCUGCCAUGGGCUGUCAAUGAGGCGUUUCGAAUCGCAUGUUCCGGCCGUCCUGGUCCAUGCCACAUUGACCUGCCCAAGGACAUCGUUUCAAUGAAGGCAAAGGUGCCCGAUGCCAUCUUCAGAAAAGCAUCGACCGCAUCAGCAGACGCUCCUCCGAUGCUGGACACAGGUGCCGUGCAGAAGGCCGCCGAUCUCAUCAACAAGUCAAAGCGGCCCAUCCUUUACGUGGGGCAGGGGGCGAGCCACUGCCCGGAGAUUGUGACGAAGCUGGCCAAGCAUGCCAAGUUGCCUGUCACAACUACAUGCCACGCGAUGGGCAUUUUUGACGAGCGGGAACCUUUGUCCAUGCACAUGCUGGGCAUGCAUGGGGCCGCCUAUGCCAACUUUGCAAUCCAGAAUGCGGACUGCAUCAUCGCUGUAGGCAGCAGGUUUGACGAUCGAACAACCGGGAUUGUUGCAAAGUAUGCGCCGAAGGCCCGUGCUGCUGAGAAGGACGGCACCGGUGGCAUCAUUCACAUCAACAUUGACAAGUCGACGUUUGGCAAAGUAUUGCAACCCACCGUGGCGGUUUGGGCAGAUGCAGGGCAUGCGCUGGAGGCGCUGGAGCCAUUGCUGACCACCCCAGACCGCGAGGAGUGGCUGAAACAGUGCCAGGAUUGGAAAACGAAGCAUGCCUUCGGGUAUGUGAAAGCCCCUGGCGGCCAGCUGAAGACGCAGCAGGUGAUUGCAGAGAUCAACAGAUAUUUGCAAGAGAAGAAGGUCAUGGAGAACAAAGAUGUUUUCGUGGCAACCGGCGUUGGUAAUCACCAGAUGAUGGCAUGCCAAUUCCUUCGAUGGACAAAGCCCCGCAGCUUCAUCACCAGCGGCAGCUUGGGCGUCAUGGGGGCUGGCCUUCCCUUCGCCGUCGGCGCCCAGGUUGCAAAUCCGGAUGCGCUGACGAUCCUUAUUGAUGGUGAUGGCUCCUUUGGAAUGACCAACAUGGACCUGCAAACGGUGAAGAGGUAUAAAUUGCCCAUCAAGAUGGCAGUGAUGAAUGAUGAUAGGCAACAAAUGGUUUGGAUAUGGCAGCGCUUGUUCUUUGAGGGCCGUUACAUCAGUGUGACGAAUGACAACCCUGACUUCGUCGCCCUGGCAAAGGCCUACGACAUCCCUGCUGUCCUUUGCGACAACGAAGCAGACUUACCAAAGGUUAUUGAACAGUGGCUGACACAUGAUGGCCCUAUGCUGGUCGAGUUUAAGAUCGUGCCAGACAUUUGCCUGCCCAUGGUGGCACCCGGCAAGGCGCUGGAUGAGAUGAUUAUGUUGGAAGACAGAGAUGCAGUUUUGGGCAGCGAAGAGGAACUGGGGAGCAUGAAGUUUGAAGGGCUUGCGCCCUCCUGACGUGAUGUUAUUAGGUCCGGCGUAGGCCGGCAUUUUUCCCUGGCUUCGUGGACUGACGCCUACCAGGCGCAACCAAUGCCUCUUAAUUCGUUCAGCGAGAACAUUUGCAGAGGCCGCAACGUUCUGGCCCUUCGCCCGUGCGAAGCUUGGUUUGCCUUGCGUAAAGUUCGCAAGGCAGACACCACGGCAAACGGCCGUGGGGACAAGCCUUCACCGCCCGGUCGCCCUGCGCAAAAGGC